AUGGGUGAUCAUAACAGAAAUGAUCAUGAAUUAAAUUUUCCAUUUAUUGCACAAAAUGAAACAAUAGAUACAACAAGAAUAAAUAUGUCUAUUAUUGCGCAACCAUCAUCACGACCAAAUACUUUAUCAAUAGAUGGACAACGUAAUAGCAAUACAGCAUUAUUUACACCUGGUGACUAUACCAAUCUUUUAUUAUCAACACCAGAACUAGAUAAUCGAUUACGUGGUUAUACAACACCAGAUUUAAUUAAUGCUUUUGUAAUGUCAACAUCUAAUGUUGGACAACCUUCACUAGGUGCGCAUAUGCUUGAAGAAAUAGUUCCUAAUCAUAUCGAUAAUAAUAAUCAUCCAAUUUUAUCAACAAUGACUUCAUUCGAUCCUACUACAUAUAAAAUAGUAUCUAAUACUGACAAUCGACAACACGAAAAUAUUUCAACAUAUCAUAGUAAUCGAUCAAAUUCUCAAACAUCUCCAUAUAAUCCAUCUAUAUCAUCAUUAACGAUGGAUAAUGAAUCAUCAAAUUCAACAACACCAUCAAGUCCAUUGUCAAUGAAUCAACAAUAUCCACGAGUAAAAGAUGAAUUACAACAUGUUCCAUCAAUACGAACAAAACAUCAUGGUGAACCCAAUGAUGUAGUAAGAAAAGAAAAAAAACGUGAAAGAAAUCGACAAGCAGCACAAAAAUGUCGUACAAGAAAAUUAACACGUAUUGCCGAAUUACAAAAACGUGUUAAUGAAUUACAAGGAAAAAAUAAAGAUUUAUCUAAUGUAGCCGAAUGUCUAAAAUCUGAUAUAACAAGUUUAGAAAAAAAAUUGUGUGAUCAUCAUGCGCAAGGAUGUGUAUUAAUGAAUGGAUCAAUGUUAUAA